UCUGCUGCCAUCCGUCGUACCCGAAAGUUCAUACGAAACGUGUCGAUGUGUUAUGGAGCAGAAGUGUUAAAAAGCUCCGGUAUUUGCACUGAGUGACUGUUGAACGGAAAAUUCACAUCUCCACGAUGGAUUUAUUUGUGAAAUUAAUUCUCUUCAUUUGCAUGAUAUCUCCGCUAUGUGUUCUUGGACAAGGACAAAUAUAUAACAAUUCACCGAUGUUACAAUACCUAGCGCAACAGUACCCUAACGGAGCAUUUGAUGACAAAAAGCCGGAAGUGGACCCAAACAACCAGCAAUUUAAGGAAUAUGUCAAAGUAUUGACACGAUUUGAUGAUUGGGCGACGGGCCACACCCACGUUAGGGGCCCGGAAGAGGUACUUCCUGAUGAUGAAUUUAAAGAUCCAACACCGAAAACUGUUGCCAACAAUAAAGCUUACAAAGAUUACGUUAACAAAUUAACUAGGUUUGAUUCUUGGGUAACGGGACAUAAAGUCCCAAUACCAUCGGAUCCAACAACCGAUGCUUUGCAUCAAGAUCUCGGACAAUAUGGCAUCCAAGCGUUACCUUCGUCGCGAAUAGAAGUCAGGCAGUUGCCGGGAGAAUUAACUGGAUUCAAUGAUAGAGCUCCAAUUGCUCCCCCAAAUAAAGCUUUCAAUGAUUACAAGAACGAACUAACGCGAUUUGAUUCAUGGGUCACAGGUAAAAAAGUGCCAAUCCCUGCAGAUCCAGCCACGGAUGCCCUACAUCAAAUCUUCCGCCGGUCUGUAAUAAGUUCUGAACAUAGCUUUGCCGACAAGUUCCAUGACCGUACUCCUGUUAAUCCAGUCGAGAGUCCAUCAUACAAUGAUUUCGUUGGUAAGCUGAAGCGGUUCGAUCCAUGGAUUACCGGGCAAAAGGUGCCGAUUCCGCGAGAUUCAACAUCGGAUACGUUGCAUCAAAUCAGCAAACGGUCAGUGCUACGUGGUAAUUAUAGUUGAAAUGUUUGCAAUGAUUGC